AACAUCGCUCCAGUGUUACAUCUAUUACAGCAUACACAUCAAGAUGUGAUGCAACGGACACUGAAGAUGAAUGAUGUUAGAGCUCCUCUAUCCACAAGCUUGACCGGUUUCAUGCAAUCUCUUGAAAAGUUUAUGCUGGGGUUGACUGAGUUCGUCGGGACCACUAGCCUUCCGGAUGAGCUGCACAAAGAUUUCAAACAACUGGCAGAUGCAGACUUCAAGCACAUCCGCGAUGUUCAGUUCGGAGCCUUCCAAACAGCAGACGACCAGUACGGGGAAGAGGAGAAUGCCCUUGUCCAAGCCCUUUGGCUCUCGACCAGAUACUUAGAUAAGCUCCUAGAUGCAGAUGCUCACAAGAGUGAACCGAGCGAUGCAUUCCUACUGCAUACCCUUAGUUCGUCCCAAGGUCAUGAUGAGAUUCCUCUGGAAGACACUCAGCAUUCUCCGGCACUUCUACGAUUCCUGUCCCAAACCGGUGAUGUUGACGCCUUACGCGAGAAACUCAUCGACUUGAAUUCCGAGCGUGAACAGAUCCUAUCCGACAAAGAAGCGCGAGAGCAUUUUGGUUUGAGUCUUGACGAAGACUCACUUGACUUCCUUGAAUCGUUUGACCUUCAGAAUGAAGCCUUAAGUAACGAAUUGCGCGCCGCCGAGACCGUUCUGAACUCAUUACGACAAUAUCUCUCGGAUGAAGAUAUUAACAACUUCUCGGCGGAAGACGCUUCGAAACUACGCGUUGGGAGAGAGACCAGCCUUCAGGAGUACACGGUUUCAUUGGAAUCGACCUCCCAGCAAGACGUAAAACUAGAUUCCGGAGAUCCAAUCUUCCCACGAUGGCCAACAGGGCCCGUUCAAAUCAGCGAGUAUUUGGACGAGAUCCGACCAACAUUGACCGGUACAACACCAAUUGACCCCACAGAUUUCAUUAAUGGGUGGCUUUUGAACGAACUCCAAAGCUCUCCGAAACGUUGGAGAGUGUUUUCAUCUGUCCUCGAAACCCUGCCUGUUCCUGAACUCAGUGCUCAGCAGCUUUAUCAUCUUGUUCGGGCGAAUUGGACCAGUGACAUUCCUGCUGCAGAGCUUGCACAAAGACGCAGGUUUGCAGAUCAACAGUCGAUGGAACAGCAUUCUGCUGACUCAAACUAUCUCUACCGCCGAAGCGCCACAGUGGCAAUGCAGUCUCCCCUCUCAUUACCCCUUCUAAAGUUGAACUCCAAUAUCACGGCGAAUGCCCUUGUGGCACAUGCCCGUCAGACGAAAGAACACCAAAGCAGUCAAAUU